GGCGGCUGAGGCGGUCGGGGAGGUUCCGGCGUCGAGAGUCGGUUCCUUCAGGUGCCAUGGGCCGGGCUGAGACACCCUGAAGGGGACGCUAGGCUGGACUAUGGCCGGCGCACGAGCCGCCGCCGCCGCGUCGGCGGGCUCCUCGGCGUCCUCCAGCACCGGGGCGCCCCAGGAGCCGGGACUCGUGGAGUUGCUGGAGGAGUUCUCCCGGACUCAGUACCGAGCCAAGGACGGCGGCGGCACGAGCGGCUCCAAAGUGGAGCGCAUCGAGAAGAGAUGUCUGGAGCUGUUUGGCCGGGACUACUGUUUCAGCGUGAUUCCCAACGUGAAUGGGGACAUCUGUGGCCACUACCCCCGGCACAUCGUGUUCCUCGAGUAUGAGAGCUCCGAAAAGGAGAAAGACACGUUUGAGAGCACCGUGCAGGUGAGCAAGUUGCAAGACCUCAUCAACCGCAGCAAGAUGGCCAGAUGCAGGGGACGGUUUGUCUGCCCGGUAAUCCUGUUCAAGGGCAAGCACAUCUGCAGGUCGGCCACGCUGGCUGGAUGGGGGGAGCUGUAUGGACGCUCUGGCUACAACUACUUUUUCUCAGGGGGUGCAGAUGAUGCGUGGGCUGAUGCGGAGGACGUCACGGAGGAGGACUGUGCUCUCCGAAGUGGCGACAUGCAUCUGUUUGAUAAGGUCAGAGGCUAUGACAUCAGGCUGCUUCGCUACCUGUCGGUCAAAUACAUCUGUGACCUGAUGGUGGAGAACAAGAAGGUGAAGUUUGGCAUGAAUGUGACCUCCUCUGAGAAGGUGGACAAGGCCCAGCGCUAUGCCGACUUCACCCUCCUCUCCAUCCCCUAUCCAGGCUGUGAGUUCUUCAAGGAAUACAAGGAUCGGGAUUACACGGCGGAAGGGCUGAUAUUUAACUGGAAGCAGGACUACGUUGAUGCCCCGUUGAGCAUCCCCAACUUCCUGACCCACUCUCUGAGCAUUGACUGGAGCCAGUAUCAGAGCUGGGAUUUGGUGCAACAGACACAAAACUACCUGAGACUGCUGCUGUCCAUAGUUAGCAGGGAUGAUGACAGCGGGCUGCUGGUGCACUGUAUCUCCGGCUGGGACCGCACCCCACUUUUCAUCUCCCUCUUGCGCCUCUCUCUGUGGGCUGACGGGCUCAUCCAUACGUCCCUGAAGCCUGCUGAGAUCCUCUACCUCACUGUGGCCUACGACUGGUUCCUCUUUGGGCACAUGUUGGUAGAUCGGCUCAGCAAGGGGGAGGAGAUUUUCUUCUUCUGCUUCAAUUUUUUGAAGCAUAUCACCUCCGAGGAGUUCUCUGUUCUGAAGACUCCGAGAAGGAAGAGUUUGCCGACCCGGGAGGCAGGCUUCACGGUGGAAGACAUCUGCAUGCUCAGACGCAAAGACCGCGGCAGCACCACCAGCCUUGGCAGUGACUUCUCACUGGUCCUAGAAAGCUCCCCAGGAGCAGCCGGCAGCUUUACCUACGAGGCUGUGGAACUGGGCCCAGCAGGAGCACCGACUCAGGCAGCUUGGAGGAAGAGUCACUCAUCUUCCCCACAGAGCGUCCUCUGGAGCCGCCCACUGCCCUCGGACGACCGCCUGCCCUCCCACCAGGGGCUGCUUGAAGCCAGGUCCUCCAGCUCCUCAUCCUCCAACCACUCUGACAACUUUUUCAGGAUGGGUAGCAGUCCCCUAGAGGUCCCCAAACCCAGAUCAGUGGACCACCCCCUGCCCGGAUCCUCUCUCUCCACAGACUUUGGCAGCUGGCAGAUGGUCACGGGCUGUGGCAGUAUUCAGGAACGGGCUGUCCUGCACACAGACUCCUCCCUGCCUUUCAGCUUCCCGGAUGAGCUCCCUAACAGUUGUCUCUCUGCCAGCAGGAGAAGCCUCUAAAAGCAGCCCAGUGAGGUGAAGGCAGGUGUGGGGAGCCGACGCCAGAGUGGUGCGGGUCAGCCCGUCUGUGCUCCCUGGCAGAACAGGCAUGACUGGUCCUGCCUCACCCCCACCUCCUGCUUCUGCCUCUAGGCAGCAAAGCACUGGAAGAGAUACUGGACCCAUAGCCUGGGAGACUCUCUCUGAGGCUUCCAGCUCUUGGAGUGCACUGUCUUGACAGGAGCAGCUGCUGCUGCCAAGGAAGCUGCUUGCCUCCUGCCUGCUUUGCUGCUCCCUGCUCAUCAGGCGGAGGGGAGCCUCCGGGGCCUGCAGAUCCAACCUGCUGUUGUGGCUUCCUCCAGGGAGACUUCCCCAGCGUGACCAGAAGCCAGGUGCUAUGGCCAGCGGGGAGGAAGAGAGCCCCUGGGAGCCACUGAGGGCAUCCUGGAAUGGCAUUCACAGGUUCUGGCUGUGCAGCUUGGCGGUCGCUGAGGGCCCAGCUGAGUCUCUGGGCCAGACACCAGAUUGUAGAUUGCUAUAAAACCUGUGACUCUUGUACUAGUAACUUCCUGGUUCCCACAAAUGUGCCUAAAAAUCAUUGGUAAAGGAAUCCCAAAUGCCCCCCAUCACUUCCUGAAGGGUGUGCGCACAUGCGCGCGCACACACACACACACACACACACACACACACAUUUACAUUACUUUGGAGACCACAGCUGGCCAGAACCUCCUGAAGCCCCAGCUGUGCUCAGAGCUCCUAACCACACACCUGUGCUGGGUGGUUCCUGGGAGAGAGCUGUAUGCUAGAGGUCUCAAGGUCCUGGGGGGAUUAGAGAGGCCAGGCUCCAUUGCAGGCGAGGGACUCAGUUGUGAGGCUGCCCCUGACACAGGACACUUGUUGUUUUCUUUGUUGGUCUGUUCCCUGUCUGUCUGCUAGAGCUGGGGAUCAUGAGAAUGCAUCUGAUUGAAAUGUCAGCCAUUAGCACUUGUCUGCCCACGGGGCAUAGGAAGAGCUGUAUGAAACCCCCACCUUCCCAGAGAUUGCAGUGGGAUUCAGGCAUCCUGGGGAGCCAGCCUCAGCUGUUUUAGCCUCUCCUAGACCUCAGAGCCUGCCGCUCCUCUGCCUGUCUCUCGUCACCCCCCCCACCACCACCAUUUGACCUCCCUCGAGGCCCGAGGCCCCACACCCUGGGCAGUGGAUGCUGAAACUUGGGGGAGUACGGUCUGUCAAGCCAAGGGAGGCCUCUGGAGGACGUAGGGCUUUGGCUGCACUUACUGGUUGGGUAGGUGGGACUAUGAGGGUGUGUGCCGUGGAGCUCUGUGACCCUUGAUAUGAUAUAGCUAGUACCUUGGGGCUCUUGCAUGGCAGGAGGCCUCCUGUGGAAUCCAUGCUCGGAAGAGCUGAGUAUGUGCACCUGUUCCCUUGUCCUCCAUGUGGAGACCCAAGGAGAGAGGGAAGACAGGAUCAGAACACAGGUGCUUGCAAGGUGGGCUCCUGUGAGCCCCAAACCUGAAAAUACAGGACCCAUCCCUUGUGGGGAGGUGUCAGCAGGGCACCCUGGCCUUGCACACACAACACUGCCUCUUGCCAAGAGGUGUCAGAUUCUGGCAUUGAGCUGAGAAGAUACAUCUCUGUCUCAGACCUGGGCCUCUAGCUGUCCCUGUUGAGAGGAGGAAGCUAUACCUGCAGGUGCCCAGCCUCUCCCUCCUUGCUGUCUCCUGGUGGAGUCAGAUCAUUCCCCCAGUCACACCUGCUGCUGCUGUGGUUGAGCACAAGGCCUGAGGACUGAGAAGAGUGCUGACAGAACUGGCCAGAACCCCCAGGCCGUGCAUGGGGCUGAGUGCUGGGGCCACGGUGAUGUAUUCCCUCAUUCUCUCCCUCCCCGCAGGCUUGCAGCCCUCAACAAUCGGGAGAGCCGGCUGCAGGAGGUGCGCUCUGCUUUCUUGGCCGCAUACA